AUUGGCGGAUACAGUCAACUGGAAGUAGUGACUAGACUACAUGCAAAACAACAUCAUGGCUCUAUUACGAGUUGGACAAAUUCUUCGAUCAGUGGGAGAAAGCCGAACCACGUCUUUGGUUGCGCUUUAUCACAAAAAUGUAAUUGAUCAUUAUGAAAAUCCAAGAAAUGUUGGAUCUAUGGAUAAGAGUGACAAGGAUGUGGGAACUGGAUUGGUUGGUGCUCCUGCUUGUGGUGAUGUCAUGAAAUUACAGAUAAAAGUUGAUGACAAUGGGAAAAUUGUUGAUGCUAAAUUUAAAACUUUUGGUUGUGGAUCAGCCAUUGCUUCAAGUUCCCUAGCAACAGAAUGGAUCAAAGGCAAAUCAGUUGAUGAAGCAAAGGGGAUAAAGAAUACAGAUAUUGCUAAAGAACUUUGUCUGCCUCCUGUAAAACUACAUUGUUCUAUGCUUGCUGAGGAUGCUAUACAAGCAGCACUCAAAGAUUACAAGUUGAAGAAUACACCAGAAGAGACAGUUAUGUGAAAGAAACUAUUUGUAUCAAUAAUAAGCAGUUGUAAUGUUUGUAAAUAAACCAACAGUCCACCUGAUUUUUCUAGAACUUGAAAAACACUGAAGAUUUGAUUUUUUUGUUUUCGUUUUCAUUUGUUUUUACAGUUUUACAUUUGUACAUGUAAAUAUGACAAUUUUCAAAACUUUAUUCUAUCAAAUCUUAAUUCAAAGCUAAUACAUUAGUCUUUCAAGCUUAAAAGCAUUUAAUAAAUAACUUCUGAAAAACUGUUGUACAGUUACAGAUUGUAGAAAUAAAUACACGCUUAAUUACUUGGUGUUUGUGUAUAUUAAUUAUGUUGAUGAAGUUAUUUGAUAUUAAAGAUAUUAUACUUA